UAAUGCAGUAGUACAGAUCAUCUGUGACUAUGCAAAGGCCACAGAUAAGAUUUAUAGUUAUCGUUUUUGUUUUCUAAACCCAGAAAGUUGAUCAAAAUCAAACACCUGAGUCUAAAUCAAACCUCAAAAAACCACUACUGUUUCAACAAACCAACCAUAUUGUUUGGUUGAGUUGCAGAGAAAAAUACACAUAGAUAGUUGUUCAAUGGGGGGUGACACAUGGAAGGCCCAUUUCGGCAUGGCGCUUGUGCAGCUACUAUAUGGUGGCUACCAUGUCAUCACCAAAGUGGCCCUUAAUGUUGGAGUCAACCAACUUGUCUUCUGCUUCUAUAGAGAUCUCCUUGCUCUCAUCAUCCUUUCUCCAGUUGCUUUUUUCAAAGAAAGACAGACAAGGCCACCCAUUACUAAGAAGCUAUUAAUGUCAUUCUUCUUUCUUGGAUUGACUGGGAUAUUUGGUAACCAGCUCUUGUUUCUUAUUGGAUUAAGUUAUACUAAUCCAACUUAUGCUGCUGCCUUACAACCAGCUAUUCCUGUCUUCACCUUUCUAUUUGCUGUCAUAAUGAGUAUAGAAAGAGUGAAUUUGAAGAGCUUUGAAGGUCUGGCAAAAGUUGGAGGAACUCUUAUCUGUGUUUCGGGCGCGGUGUUGAUGGUUUUGUAUCGCGGUCCAUCGUUGAUAGGAAAUACAGAACCGGUCACUAUACCACGGAAUGAAAUAAGUGUUAACGGUCAGCUAGAGCCCUCUGGAUGGUUGAUAAGUGGUUUAAAGGAUCUUGGAUCAGAUAAUUUUGAACUUGGAGUUGUAUUCUUGAUAGGGAACUGCAUGUGCAUGGCUGCUUUUCUAACCAUUCUGGCACCGGUAUUAAAAAAGUAUCCUGCAAAUCUAUCUGUAACAUCGUAUUCAUUCUUCUUUGGAGUUGUUCUUAUGGCCAUAGUCUCGUUAUUCAUGACCGAUCUAUCAAGUGACUGGAUUUUGACACAAUCAGAAAUACUAGCUAUUGUUUAUGCUGGAACUAUUGCAUCUGCCUUUAACUAUGCAGUCAUUAGUUGGUGCAACAAGAUAUUAGGGCCAGCUUUGGUUUCCCUAUACAAUCCACUUCAACCUGGAUUUUCUGCUCUACUGUCUCAGAUAUUCCUUGGAAGUCCAAUUUACUUGGGAAGUAUCAUAGGGGGGUCUUUCAUCAUUGCUGGUCUUUAUACUGUUACAUGGGCAUCUUAUAAAGAAAAACAGGCAAUUGUUGAAAUUACUUCUCAUGAAUCUUGGGUCUCCAAACCACUUAUUCAUGAAAAAACUGCACACCAAAGAGAUCAUAUAUUUUCAGCGUCCUCCAGCGCAUCAUAAAACCAAAAUCAUAUGAUUAAAAUGUAAAUCAUGGAAUGUCAAUAAAGAACGGCCUAGUGCACGAGGCUUCCACCAAGUAAAGUAUGGAAAGAGUAAAUAUACUCGGCCUUACCUCAGAGGAGAAAUUGUUUUCAGGAUUUGAAUGUGUGACUUCCAGAUCACAAGACACCAACUUUAUCGCUGUGCAAAUACUCGCCCUCUAGCUCAAAAUGUAAAUGCCUUGUAAAAAUUGGUUUUGGCAGUGAGAUCAAUAUGUUUACUGGCAUGUAAAUGAUGAUAACUCAGAAUGUCAUCAGAUAAAUUAUCUACACAAAUUCAAAUGUCAUCACAUUUAUGAAUAUUUUGCUCAUUGUUAAUUUGUUAUAGGUACAAAACUAACCAAUAUCUUCAUUAGUUAAGGUUAUUGCUGUUAACUCAAGUAAUAUUAUGUUUUCUGUGACAUCUACUUAUGUACAAUCUGAGUGUAUUGAUGACUUGACUUGAGUAUUAGAGAAGUUGAUAUGACUAUUUUUAA